AUGAGUAAAUUAAUCCCAGCUCAAGAAGCGGCCAAGAUCUACCACACUAACUAUGUAAGAAACGCCAGAGCCAUCGGCGUACUAUGGAUCAUCUUCACCAUCUGCUUUGCCAUAAUUACUAUGGUGGUGUUCAUUCAGCCUUACUGGAUCGGGGACAGUGUGGACACCCCGCAAUCUGGAUACUUCGGUCUUUUCCAUUACUGUAUCGGAAACCCCAUUACAGGGGAGCUGGUGUGUAAAGGAAGUGCUCUGGAUUUCGGAUCCAUUCCCUCUGGAGCUUUUAAGACGGCUAUGUUCUUCGUAGGGAUUUCAUUCCUGCUGGUUGUGGGCACCAUCGGUUGCUUCAGCCUCUUUUUCUUCUGUAACGCCGGCAGUGUGUAUAAGAUCUGUGCGUGGAUGCAGCUCGCAGCCGCUACCUGUAUGGUCAUAGGCUGUAUGAUAUACCCUGACGGAUGGGACUCUGAGGAGGUGAAGCGCAUGUGUGGCCAGCGGACAGAUAAGUACACGCUUGGGAACUGCACGGUACGCUGGGCUUACAUCCUGGCCAUCAUCAGCAUCAUGGACUCCCUUGUCCUCGCCUUCCUGGCCUUUGUACUGGGAAACCGACAGGACAAACUGCUGCCCGAGGACUUCCAGGUGGGAGAGAACACAGAAGGAGCAUGAAGCCUCCGAAUUCCUCAUCUGUUCACGGAUCUGCGUCAGCCAAAUCACCUU